UGGAAUUCAGUUAGAAGGAAAAAAAUAAACCAGGAAGUUAAACAGAGGAGGAAACAUAUUCGCCUCGGUGGAGCAUCAAACUUUCAAGUCCUUGAAAAGGAUUUUUUAAAAAGGUUUUAAGUAAUAGCGUCAACUUCAAAUUAAGUUGAUCCAUUGGUUUGCAGUCAGAGGGCAUUGUUUCCAACAAGAUGGACAUUGAUCCGGAGCGGGGAGAAGUGGCACCAGCACCAGAGCCCCAGGACAGGGUGCAGACCUUGAAGGAUCAGGUAGAUGGAGUGAAACACAUCAUGACACAGAAUGUGGACCGGAUCCUGGCCCGGGGAGAGAGGUUGGACGACCUCAUGGGCAAGUCAGAGGACCUUCAGGCAGGGGCUCAACACUUCAAGCAGACGUCUCAGAAAGUGGCUCGCUCUUACUGGUGGAAGAACGUCAAGCUGGUCGUGGUCAUUGUGGUGGUCGUCCUCAUCAUUGUCCUCAUCAUCAUCCUGCUGGCCACCGGGGUCAUCCCUGUCAGUGCUCCCGUGCCUCCUAUAGUCGGUCCCACCACCGGCCCUCACAAACCCUAACCCUGACCACAAACACACUGAUAUGUACACACAAAAGAUUGAAUCAUAAACAAACACAUUCCUUUUGCACAAUAUACAAAGUUAAUAUAUAGAUUCAAGCAAAUCACUGCUGUCUGGUGAAACCUUUACUACUUCUUAGUUUCUCUGGUAACUUUCAUGUUUAAAUUGGAAUUCAAGAACUUCAUGCUUUGGUUUAAGGAACUUUAAUGACACAAACUUUUGAAAUGUUCAAACACAACUCCGCUCAGCCAUUUGUGAAUUUGUAUGAAAUUAAACAGAAUUCUCUGUAAGGUCUGAUUCACCUGACAGCAGAAAAAACACUUGUCACUGUUCUCAAAGGAUACUCUUGGUUUAACUGUUUCACCACCAACAGUUAUUUCAUCCUGGCAAAGAGGAAGUCACUUUAAUGUGUGUAGAAUAUGUAGAAUGUGGAAGUAAUGACUGUGUGUUCUUUCAGUCCCUUUCUAGAUGUUCUGUUUGUCAUGUUUGCACUACAAAGGACAGUUUGUAUAGUUUAAAAGAUGUCUACAAGAAGCUUAUGACAUUGGAGAAUCUGAAACAAUUUUAGGUCAAAAUAUGAUGACACAGCGGAUUUGUGUGUUGGAUAUGUAUGUUGCCAUUUGUGAGUGUAUUCCUUUAAAAGUGCCUCCAGUUUCUUUCUAUUCAGACAUCUAGAAAAAGAACUGCUUUAGGUCUCUAGCUCGUUAAGUAGUUUUUGGGGACAUGUUUCCGCUCUGUCAAUAGUACACAGUCAAAGCUGCAAACCAGUUUUCAUGCACAAAAAGCAUCUGGACAAAAAUUACAUAAUUCUAAAAGAUUUUGAAGUGUGUUGAGAUUCCAAUAACCAGCAGUCUCUGUGACUGCACAGACAUGCAGCAGCUUACAUGCAUUGCAUUUUUCAGAAUCCAGGUCUGGUUCACCGAUCUUGUGUCUCACCUUUCAUCUUGCUCUGCUGUUACAAUACCAGUUUAACUGGUCAGAAUGAUACCCAUUAUGAACUGUAUAUAGUCAAGAUAUUCUCACCUCUGUAUAUUUGCAACAGCCUUUGACCAAUGUGUUAAUGAAGUGUCUGUUCCUUAGAGGCUAUUUAUUUAAUGCUGUUACUCAUUGUUCAUUCUUUUUUUUCUCUAAAUCAAAAAUGGGCCAAUCAAAGCUGUGUAUGAUUUCUGUAUAAAUAGAUACUGCAGACUGAUUAGUCAAGUUUAAUCACUCUCCUUUUCUUUUUCUUUGCUUGUUUGUUUUAAAUGCUUCAGGGGUAGUUGUAAUCUCAUUGCAUUUUCAACACACUGAUACUGGGGCCUGAUCAAUGCUGUGUGAGAUCACAAUCAUAUAUCUGUUCAUAGAGGCUCCAGCUGCAACAGUUCUGUUACUGUUGAAGGCUUUUUACAAUCAUUGUGUAAGGGUCUUAUACUGAUGACUUGUGGCAUUUAAUGGUUUUAAUAGUCUGAUAUGAAAUAAAUAGUAUUUACCCUA